ACACAUAUAAAGUGUAAGUCAAAGGUCUGACGAAUACAACUAUAAACCAAGCUUUGUAGAGACUGUUGCUUUUCCGUAUAGUCUUUUCAAUGUCCGACAUAAUGGCGUCUUGUGACGACGUGAGGGAAAAUGUGAAGAAGUACUAUGGCAGCCGACUGGAGUCCUCUUGUGAUCUGCAAACAAGUGCUACCUCCUGCAGUAAGUCUUGCCGGCCACUGCCCACAAGUGUCAAGGAUGCACUGAGCCAGGUUCACCCAGAGGUAACAAAAAGAUUCUUCGGCUGUGGUCUUCCCUUCCCAGCGAAGCUCGAGGGCUGCAGAGUCCUGGACCUCGGCAGCGGCUCUGGCAGAGACUGUUAUGCCUUCAGUAAACUCGUCGGGCCGAGCGGACAUGUGACAGGGCUCGAUAUGACUGAAGAGCUGAUCACAGCAUCUCGUCAGUACAUUGAGUAUCAUCAGAAGACGUUUGGCUAUGAGAAGCCCAACAUCACCUUUGUCCAGGGGUACAUGGAGAAGCUCAGUGAAGCUGGCAUACAGAGUGACUCGGUGGAUAUUGUGUUAUCCAACUGUGUCAUCUGCUUGUGUCCUGAUAAAAGGGCAGUGCUACAGCAAGCUUACAACGUCCUGAAGGAGGGAGGUGAGCUGUACUAUAGUGACAUGUAUGCAAGCAAAGUCGUUCCUGAUCACAUGAAGGAAGAUCCAGUCCUAUGGGGUGAAGGAAUGGGCGGUUCUCUGUUUUGGCAGGAUCUCAUUUCGUUGGUACACAGCAUAGGUUUCAGCACUCCACAUCUUGUUUCAUCCAGCCACAUUGUGAUCUACAACAGUGAGCUCAAAGCAAAAGCAGGUGAUGUCAGCUAUGCUUCGGGCACAUACCGGCUCUUUAAGUUGCCCAAAAGUCCAGUCGUGUCCGGGGCGACCGUGAUCUACAAAGGAACUGUGGCAGAUUUCCCAGAUCAGCUAGACUUUGAUUCCUCCCACUGUUUCAAGAAAGACGUGGCGGUGGCAGUGAAUGGAGAGAUGGUAUCAAUCCUCCAGAGCUCUCGUUUCUCCACGGAUUUCAAAAUCCAGGCAUCGGAUCAACCAGAGUCUGACUUAGAGUCAACACCGAAGUACUGCCACCUCAACCCAUUUCUGCUGGCGGACAAACUGGGAUCUUCAGUGAAACAAUGCUCCAAAACGAGCAAAUAAAGAUGUAGCUGAAUCCUGAGAAAGGAGAUUGUUCUGCACACAUUAUGGAACUGAAAUAAGAUCAUAACAUGCAUUUUAAAAGUUCAUAACAUUAGAGACUAUUCUAUGCUUGUUGUCACCAAGUUUUGUUAUAUUGGUAAUUUGUCAAGGUUUAGUUGUUUUACAAGAUAGUGCUGAGAGUUAUAUAAUAAAUAAGUCUGAAAAUACUAAAAUAACAUUUUGUAGUAAUUGUUUUAACUUUUGAUGCUUUAAUAUACUAGAGUAAAGGAACAAGCUAAAGGUUCUGUGUACAAAUGACAAUAAAAGCAUCUUGCCAGUG